AUGGAGCUAAGCGCGGCCACCCUCCUCUCCCUCUCCCUCGUCUCACUGAUCGUUCUCUUUUCCUUGCUUGGCCGCAAACCAACACCAAGUUCAAGGAAGAGGCAGCCUCCCGGCCCACGGCGUCUCCCCUUCAUCGGAAGCCUCCUCCACCUCCUGACGGAGACGCCGCAGGUCGCUCUCCGGGACCUGGCCAGGAAGCACGGCCCGGUGAUGUACCUGCGGCUGGGCCAGGUCGACACCGUCGUGAUCUCCUCGCCGGCGGCGGCUGAGGAGGUGCUCCGGGACGACAACCUCAACUUCGCGUCGCGGCCGAGCCUUCUGUCCACGGAGAUCGUGUGCUACGGAAACACUGACAUCGCCUUCGCGCCAUACGGCGCCUACUGGAGGACGCUGCGAAGGCUCUGCGUGGCGGAGCUCCUGAGCGCACGGAAGGUGAGGCAGUUCGCGCACAUCAGGGACAGCGAGGCCCUGUCCCUCGUCAGUAAGAUCCGCGCCGCCGCCGCCGGCGGAAGCGGCGAACCGGUCAAUAUCGGGAAGCUUCUCGUGUCCUGCGCGAACACGAUCACCGCAAAGGCGACGUUCGGCGACGGGUGCGACGCCGAGCUCCAAGAGCGGUUCUUGUCUGCGAUCCGGGUCGUGCUCGACACCAGCGGCGGGUUCUGCAUCGGGGACCUCUUCCCGUCCCUGCGGUUCGUGGACGUCGUCACUGGGCUGCAACGCCGGCUCCGGCGGGCGCGCGGGCAGCUCGACGACGUCUUUGACAGGAUCAUCGCUGGGUGCGAGGCGCGGCGACAGGAAAAGAAGACCGCAGCAACGACCGGAGACGAUGAUCUUCUGAGCGUCAUGCUUAGGAUCAAAGAGGAGGGGCAGCUUGAGUUCCCCAUUGGCACUACAAACAUCAAGGCAAUCAUAGUGGACUUGUUCACGGCAGGGACGGAAACAACAUCGUCAACGGUCGAGUGGAUCAUGUCGGAGCUCAUGAGAAACCCAAUGGUGAUGGCCAAGACACAAGCAGAGGUGCGACAAACAUUGGACAACAAGAGUCCAGAAGAUCAUGAGGGCCACAUGGACAAGCUGGAAUACACAAAGAUGGUGAUCAAGGAGGGCAUGCGGUUGCACCCGGUGGUACCGCUUCUGCUCCCCCGUGUCUGUCGAGAGACCUGCAACAUUGGUGGAUUCAAGGUCUCGAAGGGCUCGAGGAUAAUGGUUAACGCAUGGGCGAUAGCAAGGAGCCCUGAGAAUUGGAAUGACGCGAACGAGUUCAGGCCAGAGAGGUUCGAGGACAACACAGUGGACUACAACGGCACACAGUUCAUGUACAUACCUUUCGGGAGCGGGAGGAGGAUGUGCCCUGGCGGUGCCUUUGGGCUAGCUGUGUUGGAGAUUCUCCUUGCACGGCUUCUGUACUACUUUGACUGGAGCCUCCCAGACGGAAUUAAGCCGGAUGAGCUUGAUAUGGACAUGAUCGUCGGCUCUACAACAAGGAGAAGGAACCAACUUCACCUAGUAGCGACGCCGUAUAAUGUUCCGACGGAAAAUCGAGGUUGA